AGGAGAGGGGAAGAGAGAGGAGAGGGAAUCCCAGUUCCUGCAGCCGCUGGGAAUCAAGUGGCCCAACUCCAUCUUGGUCUUCAAGCAAGCAAACAAACAAAAAUGGGCAGUGGGAAGGGUGAAUGUGGGUCUGGACCCGCCCCUCCUCAGCUUCCUAUAAAAGCUGGGGACUGAGUACUGCUGGUACACACACCAUGAGGCCCUCCAGGAGACCGGGAACCUUUCUGCUGCCCUUUGUGCUGCUCUGCACCCUCCUGGGUCUUGGGUACCCACUACGCUGUGAAGUCUGUAAGGCAACCGGGAGCAGCUGCCAUGGCAAAAUGAAGACCUGCAGGAGCGACCAGAACUCAUGCGUGAUCCUGGUGGGGAAGGCUAAUUCAAAGGGCAAGGAGUGGGUGCACACCUACAAGGGUUGCACGAGGUCCCAGGACUGCUACUCCGGCAUCGUAUCCACCACCAUGGGCCCCCAGGACUACUUGGCAACCAACUCCUUCUGCUGCCAGAGCGACAGCUGCAACAGUGGCUUUUUGUCUGUUCCCUUGAUCAAUCGUACUGAGAACGGCCUGAUGUGCCCCGCCUGCACUUCGAUCUUCAAGGACAAAUGCAUGGGGCCCAUGACCCGCUGUGCUGGCAAGGAAAACUACUGCACCUCCUUAUCUGGACACGUGCAGGCUGGUAUCUUCAAACCCAGAUUUGCCAUGCGGGGCUGUGCUACAGAGAGUAUAUGCUACGCCAAUCCAGGUGCUGAAGUGCCCACAGCCUCCCACGUCCUCAUCCUCAGCCGAACAGAGUGCAGUCGGGCCCCCACGCCACAGGCCUGGAGAGCUCACUGAACCGAGGAAGAUAGAGGUGGCGUGAAGUCCCCAUUUGUCCUGAGCCUGUAGCUCCCUAUAUGUCUGUAAAUUAAAGAAGUUCGUAG